GAGGGCAGUUGUGCUAGGAGCUGCUAUGGUGCUGAAUUCCCCGGCAGAGUCAACCCAGACACAGCGGUCGCGGCCAUGAAGGCGGGUGCCACGUCUAUGUGGGCUUCGUGCUGUGGGCUGCUGAAUGAAGUCAUGGGGACUGGAGCUGUCAGGGGCCAGCAGUCAGGAUUUGCAGGAGGCACUGGUCCAUUCAGAUUUACACCGAGCUCUGAUUUUUCCACUUACCCACCAGCACCUACAGAAGGGCCUAAUAUAGUUUGCAAAGCCUGUGGACUUUCAUUUUCAGUCUUUAGAAAGAAGCAUGUAUGUUGUGACUGCAAGAAAGAUUUUUGCUCCGUUUGUUCAAUCUUACAAGAAAAUCUCCGUAGAUGUUCCACUUGUCACUUAUUACAAGAGACAGCCUUUCAGCGCCCUCAGUUAAUGCGACUGAAAGUGAAGGAUCUACGGCAGUAUCUCCUUCUUAGAAACAUACCGAUCGAUACCUGUCGAGAGAAAGAAGACUUGGUAGAUCUGGUACUGUGUCACCGUGGGCCGGGCUCUGAGGACAACCUGGACACGAGCAGUCUGAAUUCCUCAAGGUCCCAGACUUCUAGCUUUUUUACACAUUCAUUUUUUUCAAACUAUACAGCCCCAUCUGCUACCGUGUCUUCCUUUCAGGGAGAGCUUAUGGGUGGAGACCGGACCUUAGGAUCUGGAGUACUGGCACAGGUGCGAAGUGAAAUAGCUUCAGCAAACACAGAAGAUGAUGAAGAAGAUGAUGAUGACGACGACGAUGAUGACGAGGAUGAAGAAAACUUGGAGGAGCGGACAUCUGGCCUCGCUAAGAAGAGAGUGAGAGCUUCUCUGUCUGACCUGUCAAGCCUUGAAGACGUGGAAGGGAUGAGCGUGCGCCAGCUCAAGGAAAUCCUGGCUCAGAAUUUUGUCAACUAUUCUGGCUGUUGUGAAAAAUGGGAGCUAGUAGAGAAAGUAAACCGGUUAUACAAAGAGAAUGAAGAAAAUCAAAAGUCAUAUGGCGAGUGGCUGCAGCUGCAGGACGAGGAGGACCACAGCCUGUGCCGGAUCUGCAUGGACGCCAUCAUCGACUGCGUCCUGCUCGAGUGCGGGCACAUGGUCACCUGCACCAAGUGCGGCAAGCGCAUGAGCGAGUGUCCCAUCUGCCGGCAGUACGUGGUGCGCACCGUGCACGUGUUCAAGUCCUGAAGCCGAGGACCCCCCAAGCUCGAU